GGACGGGAAACCGAUAUUAUUAUCGAAAACCUUAAUAUAUUAUUAGAAAUAAUAAUAUACUUCAAUUGUUUCUAGUUCUGUGACACGUAGAAAAGUGUGGAUAUAUCUAUAUUUAAUUAAGCUAUUGUCUGAAGGAUUAAUUUUGAUCUGUGUACGAACGUGUGGAGACAUAUAUUUGUGAUUUUAUUUCUACACAGUUGUGAUCUUUGAACUUUCACCUCGGAUAUUGGAGAUAUUUCAUUCACAAGUUGUGUUGAAAAGUGGAUAUUUUUCCUGACCUUGUUUAUUACUGAAAUCAUGAAAUUAACAACGGUGAUAUUGACAUCACGGAAGUGACGUAAAAAGUGCUGCGGAUUUACAAGCGUUUCACUGAAUUUAACUGAUUUAUUGAGAUCGAUCUACGCUGUAUGAAAAUUGAAACAUGAUUCAUUGAUAAAUUUUAUUCAUUGUCGAUUGCUUAGAAUAUACAGUGAAAAGAUACUUGCAAAGCCCUGCAUACUCAUAAAGAUGGUGCUUAGACCGGAAGACGUUCGGACCCUGACUUCCGGUUCUUUCGUCGUGUCCUGUAUCGCGGCCACUAUUGGAUUUAUUUUCACAACAGUCUUUCUGACUUUCAACGUUUAUCACCGGAAAAAGAGGUUUAUGAAGAUGUCCAGCCCGAAGAUGAAUGUCCUCAUCAGUUCUGGCGGACUGAUACUCAACUGCACGUGUUUGUUAUACGGCAUUGAGUACUUCUUCCGCCACUUGUACUCAAAGACCACGGUGAUUUGUCAGAUGAGGCUGUGGCUGGUGACUUUCGGUAUUACGAUGCUGUUCGGUCCUAUGUUCGUCAAGUCCUGGAGAGUCUACCAGAUCUUUAAGAACGCGGGAGUCAAGCGCGUGAUAAUACGAGAUCGUAAGUUGAUGUUGGCGAUCGUGAGUCUGCUCAUCAUUGAUGCCGUCCUGCUCUCCCUUUGGCAAGGAGUGGACCCGCCCAUCUCACAUCCGGUGACCAUUGCAAUACAGUCUUCCACUGACAUACGCCGGAACUUUUCGGCACAUUACACCUACGUUUACGUACAGGAGUGUAAUUCUGGCAAAACGGAAGUCUGGGUCUCUCUAAUGCUUGUAUGGAAGGCAAUUGUAAUGGCGGCAGGAUUGUUCCUCGCCUGGAGAACGAAACACAUCAUGUUACCGGCCAUGAGAGAUUCCGCUUGCAUCGUCAUCAGUGUCCUUGCAACUAUGUUCCUGACCUCACACACUUUGAUGUUGACUUCUAGUUUACGUCACAUACCAGAUGCGGUCUACGUCAUCAAUAUUGUGCUUACUACAAUGGUGGCAUCUUUGGUCCAAAUUGCAGUGUUCCUACCAAAGGUCCGUUUUUAUUGGAAGACUUCACUAGAACAACAAAUGCGCAUGUCACUCUCGACGCACGAGAUUCAUCCACAUCUGGCGUUAUCAACCGGAAAUGACUUCGAGGAGGAACUAGUCCACCUGGUGGCAGCGAACGAUACGCUGAAGAAAUGUCUUACACAGAAAAAUUCCAUGAUACACAUAUUAGAAAGUCAUCUUCAGAACGCCAAGACCAAACUGAAUCGAAUGACAUCGGAACGAGAGGUCAAGGUCGACAGUGGCCUGGAUAUAUCGUCAUCGAGUUUCCAUGACGACGAUAUUCGGCAGUCACCUGACGGACAGACUGCCAAAACACCGACUACGGCUAUAAAGAUCAAUAGACCAGUACAACUACAACAGUCGGAAAUGGUACCUGUCACCCCGGACAAGUCUCAUAUUCCGUGUCCAAAUAGAGCGAACUCAGAUUUCACGAACUACCGUGUUUCCAGAAAGCGCCCAUUAAAACGAGAUCGGGAUUCCAAUACUUGGAAUGGACAGAAAUAUUUACAAAGUUUCCCGACACAAGAAUUGGACUGUCUACGUGAAGAAAUUGACGCCGAUCUCACGCAUGCGCAUAUGCUAAGCACAAGUUUACGAGCUUCAAUAUCAAACGACAUUCAGAAAACUACAACGAACAACAUGUGGUUUUACGACUCAUUAAAAUCUCGCCAAGAUGUCGUGGGGUCCGUGGCUAGGAGCUAUGACCUCGAGGAUAAUUCCGAUACCUACUCGUAUGUGAGUAGUUAUGUGCCGUGUAAAAUACCAAGGAAGAAGUUAGACUAUAACUCCAUACCGAGCCCAUCAUUAAACUAUUCUGGUGACAGUUUAUCGACUACUCUUGCCAAUGACAGGAUGUAUCCCGGUCAGGACGUCGAUGAAGAUAACACGUCACUGUCCUUUCCUCCUUCCGGUUCUAGCACAGCAACACAUGGUAAACCCAUUCCGUGUACACUACAGUUUAAUAAAUAUCUAGUGUCGGAGGUUGAUAAUAUUAACAAAAGUUACUAUCUAUAGUAAAAGGGAUUUCCUCAUACAUCAAUUGUGCUAUUUAUAACUAUGGAACCGGAUGUACAAAUUUUACAUUUUACGUAAAUCUCAUGAAUCAUCUUUUGAAUUAUUUCACUUGAUAUGUCGUGUCAUCGAUAUUCGUUUAUGAAAUAUGUUUUACGUGACGAACGUUAUGUGCUAAUUAUAUCCAGCUACCCCGGAUGUAGAAGCAUCGGUCCUCAUCACAAUGGUUAUUCUCUGAUACUUGGGUAUCCUAGAUGCGUAUUUGUAAAUUACAAUAUAUCAAGUUGCGACAAAUAGUACUAUGAACGACUGAUAUACCGUACGUCGCACGUGCUAUUUAUAAAAUCAAAUACCCGGAUGAAGACAUUUUCAUGAAUACAACAUUUUAUGGUAUGAUUUUGACCACAUGACCACUAAACUAACCAAUUGCGGUUGUGCAGUUGGCCUUUAGAUAUUUGUUCAACAGAAAAAAUGGACAAGAUCAUCAGAGUUACCUCGCACAUGCACAACUCGAAUGCCAUGUUAUGUGAAAUUAAUAGCUUAAAAUUGGUUUAACAAAUUCCCUUCAGGACGUUGAUAGGGCAAGGACGGUUGUUUUUACCAACAUGGAUUUAAGAAAACUCGAGAAUGGUGACUGAAAGGAAAUCUAUUAUUUAUGAAGCCAACUGUUUAUUUUUUCUUUACUGUUGCAAUUCACAGCUCUUAACUUUUAAGGAGAUUUAGUUUAAAAAGAUCUUUUUCCACUCUUUCUUCAAAAUCAGCAUUUGUUAAAUGAACAUAGACCGUUACUGAAUCAGAGCUAACAUGACGAUAACAAACUUUUCAGCCAAAGCAAUUUCUCUCAAAAUAACUUAAGUAUUUUCCUAAUUUAACAGAAAAUCUUGCUGGAUGCCAUAUUCUACGUGUAGGUGCAUUUUGUAUCCAUCUUUUUCUUAUUAUACAGAAAAGUUGUUUAAAUGGAGCAUAUCUAUUGUGUUGUCUGUUUGUUCUCCGGAUUUCUGUUUUGUUUAUUAACAUGGAUGUACCUAACCAACCGAACGUCACCUUAAACUAUGUGAACUUAUUAAAUUAUGAUAAUUAUA